UUUGAAAUAGAGAUGAACUUUUAUUUAAUGAUUAAAACUUCAAAAGUUGCAGCGAAAAUUAAUAAAAACUAAGUAAAAGGGGCAUGUCACCGCCACAUCCAAUCCGUGAAUGAUUGGAUGCUAAGGUUAUCUACCAAAACACGAGUUUAACAAAAGCAAGAUGUUCGAAUCAUAAGUAAAUAUUAAAGUUUAUUUCUAGUGAACUACAUAGUUGUCUUCUAAUUCGCGCUCUCAAACAUUGCAGCAUCAAAAUCAACAUGAUCACCUCCUGUUAAAUACGAGCACAAGAAAAAUAAAAGAAAACAAACAUUAGCAAUAAUGCUAAGUAAGUUCCACCUAACCUUUUAAAAUAAUAAUAAAUACUAUAUAUAAAUUCGUACAACCUCAUAAAAUAUUUUUCGAAACACUUUAUAAAUCAUAAAUCAUAAGUAAACGAUAUCUAUAUAAAAUCCCAAUCACAUAAUUAACUCGUAAACCAUAAUAAUUCCAAAAUACAUGAAACACCAAAAUUCACCUCUUUUGAAUUUCUCCCAAAAUCACUUUGUACCUAACUUUCUAGUAAUUUAGAAGGGCGGUGCUCAACACUUUGGUUGAGCCCGGUGGUCCGUCGUUAUGUACGGCCACCCCGGAACUAUCGCCGGUACCACAACUGCUCCUUGGAAACGGAAACAACUACUUUAAGUGUGCACACCCCCUAAAGGUAUUCCAAGCCCUCCGGGGUAGUAAGUCGAUCCGGGUAGCCGGGAUGUUUUCUACCAACUACCCCACCUCAAAACCUGAAUGAUUAGGAGCUACUACUACCACUACUACUCAAAAAGCCGGGAUGUUUUCUACCGACCGACAAUUCACCUCAUACCAACACAAACCAAAAAUUGAGUAGUAGUAGACCUAACCAUCCUCCACAUUUUAAGGGACGUGGAAAACCAACACCACGGAUUUCUCUCGUGAUGCUCACCCUUUAUGAAAAUAUUUAUUUCUCUUUCAAAAAUUUCCUUUUUCAUUAAACUCCCACAGAGAUAACAAAUUACUUACUAUUACAAAAUCUUCCAAAAUAACUCAUAUCAACAAACUAAUUUCUCAAAUACAAUCCUUUUAUAUAAUAAUAUUCAAAUUCAGCACACAUAAAUUCAAUUCUCAAAUAAGCACACAAAAAUAUUUAAAAGAAAUCACGUAGAAAAAGAACUAAUUUCGGUUGACGUGAAACUUACCUUAAAUCCAAAUGCUCCUACUUCUCUUCUUCAAUUCCAGUCUCUAAAUGAGCACCUUUUUAAUUAGGAUGAUAUAAUUAGUCACUUAUUCUAUUUCAAUAAUUUAUCCAAUUUUCCUUUUUUUUUAUUCGAACUUAUUAAUAUAACUAAUUAUUUAAAAUUUUCCAAUAAUUACUAAUCAAUCACUUUUAUUAGUUUCCACUUUAUUUUAAUCCAAAAUUCAUCCGUUUUCAUUAAUUAAGUGAAUCCAUUACUUUUUCUAAAGUAAAUAAAAUAAAUCUAGCAAAUCCAACUUCCACGUACGUUGUUAAUCGCCCUAGUCCAAACAUUAAAAGAAACUCAGCCCAAUCUUACUCUAUACAAAACGAAGUGGAAAUGCAGCAACUUUUCCCGCCCAAAGUUUCGGGUCAAAAAUGGGUCAAAAGUGGGCAAUUCGCUUCUGUGGUCUGGGGUCCACUUCGGUGUGACAUUUCGUACCAUUAAGGUCAUUCCAAAUGCAGAGGGUGGUUCUCAAGCAUUAAUGAAUUAGGUGGCAUUAAAUGGGGUGGUUGAGAGGGGCGAGAUCUAUUGCACUUUGGGUAAUUCAGUUUCAUUGCAAACCCUAAAAAUUCGAAUUCCCUAUAAAUACCAACAUGGUUCAGUUCAAAAUUACAAACCACAAUGGCAUCUAGCAAAGAAAACUCCGAACCACAUGGUAGUCAAUUGUAUUCAAUGAUUAGGGAAGUUAACCACACCAGAACAAACUGGGCUCUAAAAGUAAGGGUGGUGAGAGCAUAUGAGGUUUCACCUCAAUCCAAAGGAGGUGCAAGAAUGGAAUUUGUUUUCCACGAUGAGAACGUAAUUUCUAUUUCGAAAGCGUUUAAUUUAUUUUUAAAAUCCUUUUGUGGUUGAUUAUUCGAGUGAUCAUCUUCCUAAUUCAUUUUGCUUUCAUUUUGCAGGGUGACCGCAUUCAUGCUGUUGUGAAAAGGCCAUUCAUGCAUUUGUAUGAAAACAAACUGCAGGAAAACAAGUGUUUCAGAAUCAAGAACUUCUUAGUUUUUGAUAACUACUUCAACUACAAAACUACUGAACACCCUUAUGUUUUAGAAUUUUUCAAAAAAACAAUGGUCUAUGAUUUGCACUCAGCAACUUUUCCAAACUUAGUGUUCAAUUUCCAUCAAUUUGACGCGCUGCAGAGUCUAAGAGUCAUCAACGACAAAUUGCUUAUCGGUGAUUUCAUUUACAUAUCCUUAAACGCUUUUUUAUAAUCACACCGUUUAAUAACAGUUUUUCUUCAGAUGUAAUUGGUAAGUACGUCGGGAAGACUCCAGUACAAACACCAAUCGUUAAUGGGAAACCAGAAAAGCUGAUUGAACUAACUUUGGAAGAUCCAGAGUACUGUCUUAAUUUUGUCUAUGAUAUGGUAUUUGUUUAUCAUAAAAAUCGAGAGUUUAUGAUGAAACUCUUUUUUAUUUGUAGUGGAAAUCGUAUUGGAUGCACAUUGUGGAACAACUACUGCAAACAGUUCACUGAUUUUUAUGAUGCUCAUAAAAAUGAAGCCAUCUACAUCAUACUACAAAUGGGUAGACCCAGACGCUAUCAAGGUAAGGACUAAUUCAAAAAAAACUUAAGUUUUUUAUUUUGGCUUCAAAUGGGCUGAUGAAAGAUUUCAAACAUAUUCAGGUCAUGUCUUGGUGGGAACAUCUUAUGAUGUUUCGAAGUUGUUAAUAAAUGGUUCUAGCCCGGAGUUUGAAGAUUUGAAAUCGCAGUUUGGACCAGAUGACGACAAUACAACAAUGACUACCUUCACUGCAAAUUCAGUUGGUCAGGGUAGUGAGGACGUUUUAGGGGAAAGGCUACUAUGACAAACAUCAGUGAUUUGCUAAAGGACCCAGAGGAUGGAACCUAUUGGCUACUUGGUGAUAUUGUAUCACUAGACAACUAUAAGGAAUGGUGCUACCUGAGCUGCCCAACAUGCAACAAGAAAAUAAAGCCAGAAGAUGAAAGGUUCAGAUGCAUCACAUGUGACACGACUAUUCCCGAGGGAGUGUUGAGGUUGUGUUAUUGGUUAAGAUGUAUCACUUUCCACUACUUUAAAAUAAGACUAACUUCAAACAUUAAUCUGCCAACUUCCGGUAUGCAGGUACAAAGUUUCAGUUUGUGUCAUGGAUGACUCAGGUCACGCUACGUUCACCUUAUGGGAUAGGGAAUGUAUAGAUAUUGUGGGGAAAACUGCAGCAAUAUUAAGAAUGGAAGUUGAAAAGGUUGAUUCAAAAAAAUACUUUUUACACUAGCAAUUCUGAAAAGGGAAGAUAAUUCAUUAAGUUUUUUAUUUUUAGAAAACGGGUGAUCCUACCCACUUCCCUGAGGACAUUGAGGCUUUGAUUGAUCAAAGAGCAAUCUUCAAAAUUCAAAUAAAAGCAAGAGACGAAAGUUCUUCUUACAAAGGUCCAGUUUCAUAUGGGAUACUUGCAAUGAUAAGAGACAAAUCUAUCUUGGACCUCUAUACCAAAAAUGAAACCCAUGCACUUGAAAUGGAUGAAAACACAGAUGUUGAGAAGAGCGGAUCAACAGGAAACGAGAUAGAAGAUGGUACUGCUAGCAGUAAAUCAAAACAGAAGACUGUUGUAAUUGAAGAUGACGAUUUCGUGUCACCUACACAAGUUGAAAACCAAGAUGACAGGAGGGCGGCUGAAAAGGGUAAGGAAGUGAAUUGCCUAGAAACUCCAACAACUAUUCGGACAGUAGGUGGUAUUGAAGGGAACGAUCAACUUAAGAGAAAUCUGAAUGAUCAGUUUUCGGCGAAUGUUAACAUCAAACGGAGAAGUAUCCGCGUCAAACAAGAGAAGGAAUAAUGUGAAGAUAGACCAGCAGGCUCAGCUACAUUUUACUUGAAAAAGGAGUGUGGAUUGAUGAUUUUUUGAAUAUUUUGUUUGGGCACUUACAUAUUUAUUUAGAACUGUGCCUUACUUUUUUGCUAAACUACGAGCUGGGUCUGUAGUAAUGAACUCUGUUUUGCAUUGUUCAAGUUGUAGGCAUGAACAAUUAUCAACUAUGUUAGACUUAUAUUUCAGAUCAAAACAAAUUUUUCUAUGUUAGAUUUUGCAAUGUCAACUUUUCAAGGUUAAAGGACUCCUACGGAUGCAUCAGCAUAAGGAAGAAGGGCACCUACGAAACGGAAAGGAGACCAGGAGACCAUGAUCUGGAGGAAUGAAGACAAAAGAGAGUAGACCAGGGGGGCUUGAUUCAUAUAGAAAUUCUUGGCAAUAACACUUAUUUCUUAUUCAUGAGAGUUGUCAUUGUUUUGAUUAUAAAGAAAACCCAAUUAAGUUAUGAUAUUAAAUGUGGUUUUGUGUUACCUAAAGUUCAAGUAUUUUCAAAAAAUACUAUAUAGCACAAUUGUUUAAACAACAAACCUACAAAAAAAAAGAUUAUCUGAUGAAAAAAUGUGUUUGUUGGCUAAGUUUAACCGAACGGUGAUAAACGAAGUGGGAGGUAGUGUAAUUUAUAAGGAUUAAAAAAUAAGUUUCAGAUUAAAAAAGAUUAAUUUAAUCUAAAUUUGAAUAAUAUUUCGAAAAAUGUUCAAUAUAAACAAAAAUGUUAGUUCAAAUUUAUGUUAAUACAGAUUAAAAGAAGAUUUAUCAAACUUAAACUUAAUUCGAAAUAAAUAUUUCGAAAAUGUGUUCACUAACAAACAUGUCAUCUGAUAAAUGUAAUGAAAAUUUACCAACAAAAAUGUUAGUACAAAAGUGUUGGUGUGGAAAGAAUCCUACGACUUAGAUUGUAAUGUUACAAUUCAUCUUUUCGACUAUAUUGGCUACAGACCUACAAACAAGGAAACGGUAACACCAUUGCAACUUUGUAAUUCAAACCAAAACUUUUGCCGUGAAAUAUGAAGAUUUUGGCUAAACAUAGAAAUAGAAUACAAAAAAUUAACUAUUGUUGAAGUUAAUUAAAAAGGUUCCUGCUCUCUAAAUUGUUGACUACAUUUAAAAUCAUACAUCAUACAAUUUAUAUAUUGACAAAGGCUGAUAUUAAUAAAGGAAGAUAGACAUACCUGGUGUUUGGUGUGGCUAUGAACCUGCAUUCCUAGAGGUCUAAACUAUUUAAUUAUUACAUAUGAGGCACCUUAUUAAAGGCCCUAAACCUAUGAAUUACAUUCAUUAAACUAAAAGAAAAAAUAAUUACAUAAUUCACUUAAGUUCCUGAACGCACCUGAAAUGUAAAUAAAAACACCAAGUCAGAGGAAGAUCUACUUUAUUCUUUACUUAAUGUAUUAUGUACUUUUAAGCAAAUAAUUAAUAAGCUUUUGUUUAUAAUAAAUAAAACACAAUCCUCAAGUUGAAUCAAAUCUAGAUUUUUAAAAAUGUCUAUGACAAAAUCUAUAACUUUAGGUAAAUGCUGGUAUGGGUUUUAAAUAAAGUUUAAGAUGAAAAUAGAUUGAUCAAACUUAAUUUAAAUCGGUACUUCAUUUAAGUGGAUUGUAAAAAGCAUUGGGGGGAAAUUCUUUGGAUGAUUUAAUAAUAAUAAUAAAUCUAUAAAUAGGUGGGUAUAGAAAUCUGCAAUCCUAAAACCAAUGAAUUACAUUCAUCAAAGUAAAUUACAAAAAAAAUACAAGUUUGAUGUUUCUGAAUGCACCUCAAAUAAAAACAAAAACAGUAAGUUAGAGCAUGUUUGUGAGGUGAUCUCGAUACAGUAAGUGAACAUGUUUAACCAAGUCAAAACUCUACUUCAUAAGCAACUAAUUUGAAAACCUAUGUUAAUAAUAUAUAAUUUGUAAUGUGUGCUCAAAACAUGCUUAAUUUCUCAACGGUAUGAGAAAUCAUAACUUCAUACUAACAGUUUAAAAAAAGGAUAACUAUAUGUGGGGUAUGUAAUAUAUUAUACAUAUAAUAAGAUGUCAAUUAAAUUUUAUAUCAGUAUUACAAAAGAAAUAAUAUACCAUAUAGUUAAUAUAUAUUAGUUAAUAUACGUAUUUCGGGCAUGAUAGGUAAUAAUACCAGGGUGAGAGUAAACAUGACUGUUGACAUGAUAGGUAAUAAUACCAUUUCAAAAUAGGAUAUAUAUUAGUUAAGAUACGUAUUUCGAGCACAUUAGAUUUUGGCCCGUCAAUGUUAUAAAAGAAAUACAAAUUUUAGUACACUUAUAUAACACGCAGGCCGUAAAUUAUUCAAAAUAUAUAAAUAUCGUAAGAAUUAUAGAUUUAGAGUCUAAGCUGUGUUUAUCAUUUUUGUAAAUAGAGAAAAGUAUUUGGUUUAAAGAAAACUGUACAUAUGUGGGUUUGCCCGAGGUCGCAUUUAAUGAAUAGUACAGCUAGGAAAAGAAAUUUCGAAAAGUGCUGUAAAGAACUCACAGUUAUAACCAUAUCCGGAGAGAGUAGCUGAAAGUAGCGUCUUCCCAAGGUCGUCAUAAAUAAUAAUCCAAGGUCACAAUCAUAAUAAAUGUUUGACAGAAAGGGCUACUUACCAACGGUAUUUGACUAUCUUGACAUUGUAGAAGAAUAAAUAGUCUUUAAUGCCUCAACCACUACCUCAUUUAUGAAAACAGACCAAACCUUCGAAGUAGGAGGCAACACAAGGAGUGAAGUUCAUAUAUUACACAUAUUGAAUCCUAAUAAACACAGUAAGUCUAUUAUCAUAUUUACUAUCUGCAUUACGUAUAUGAAUGUGUCAUGUGAAUACCAUGUAAUUAAAUAGAUAAAUGACAUAUCAAAACAAAUUAGAUGUUAUGCAUUACUUAUAUGAAUGUAUUAUGCGAAUACCAUGAACCAUAUGACCAAAUUUUAAUGGGUGUAUAUUUUAAUAACCUAUGUUUCAUUCUAGCUAUUCAAGAUGAGUGAAUGUUCAUGUCAAGUAGUUUCAACUGGGGGGUGCUAUACGUGUGGAAAAAAGUGUGUUGGCAUUUUACUGGAUGCAUGCUCAUGGUGUGAUUCAAACUAUAGUCAUUAUUUCUGCAUGAGGCAAAUAAAGAAGAACAGAAAGUACAUGGAAUACUUAUGCAAAGAUUGUUCAGCAUGGGUAGAUGCACCAACUAUGAUACCAAGGAAAUCAGAUCGGAUAAUACAACUAAACAGAAAGUACUUUAAUGCAGAUAUGGUGGUAGGUAUGUCAUGGGAGUGGAUGAGUAGAAAUGCAUAAGUGAUGGUCAUGUGUAACAUGAAUGUUUUGUAACAUGCAUGAGAUAUGCAUUGAUGGUUAGGUGUGGAUGUGAAUCAUAAGUGCUGUGUUCAAUGAAUGGCAGUUUGAAUGAAAAAUGACAAUGAUGAACAUUAUAUGUAUUAUUCGCAUGCCGUAAUAUAACAGUUUAUGUUCUGAAGUUAUGUAGUGUAUGAUAACAUAGGUGAUGUGUACAAUGAAGUGUUAAUUUAGCAAUACCAAAUAUUUUUAUAAUGCCGAUGCCACAAAUAGAACUGCUACAAUGCAUAAAAUGCAUCUAUGUGAUAAAUCCAGGUAAUGUAAGAGUACCAAUCCUAAAUAUGAGGAGGCUCACAAAGUCCACAGUAAUCAACCGUAAAAGAGAAAACGAGGAUCUACCUAACAAAGGUAUGACAAAAAGACUAAUUUUUAAGUUUAAUCUCAAAUAAUUUAAUAGAGUAAGGCAUUUUUAAUACGUCUUAGUAUAGUCAUAUACAAAAACAACUAUUUCCAGCAGAUACUUAGAAAGGCCGAUUUGUAAAAACAGGUCCAUUUAAGAUAGGUCAUAGGCAAUGAGCUGCCAGACCACGCAGAUCCGAAGGCCAAACAUGGCUGGCAGGGAAUCUGGCUAGCUCAUAUUGAAGGCCUAAACUCCAGUUCUAUAGUGUAGACUUGAACAAGGAUUACGUUGGGUAGAGGGAAGUGAAACAAUUAUGCAUUUCAAGAGAUAUAACAAUAACACUUGCAUAUAUGUAUAUAGAUAAAGGCUUUUAAGACAUAUACGCAUCACAACUGCAUAGAUCUACAGAUCUAAAUGCAACAAAUGGUAUAUGUCUAUUGCAAACGUGUUCGUACGCAAUAUAUGAAAUAUAAUUCAUAACACAUGCAUAGAUCUAUAUACAUAAUUAAAGACCAUUAAGACAUAUCCGCAUCACAACGGCGUGGAUCUACGAAUCUAAACGCAACAAAUGGUAUAUGUCUUUCACAGCGUGUUGGAAGUUAGAGAUUUAUAAAUUUAAAUAGAUCUAUAUACAUCUGGGCAAGGCGUUAUAAAUAUAAACUGGAAAUUAACCCAAAAAUAGAUCUAAGGCUAUUAAGAGGUAAACGCAUCACAACUGCGUAGAUCCUUAGAUCUAAACGCAACAAAUGGUUUACAUCUUAUGCAAGCGCGUUCGAAGCCAUAAAUUA